AUUUAUUUGUGGACAGCACGUAUCCCUGAAUCUAUUUUAUUGUAGUCAAUGACUCGCGACGUGUCCUGCAGCAAGGUUCCAUGCCAAUCGGAGAGCAGCCGAGGGCCAAGACAUGCGGCCACGACGUCAUGUGCACUUGGCCAAUUAGCCGUCUAGUAUAGUGGCUGCUAUAUAUAUGAGCCCAUAGAGAACCCGGCUGCCGAGGCAUUCGCUAAUGUAAAUAGCGUCCCCGGGCAAUAAUCGAAAAAUUGGGGAUGCCUGUGGCGAGGGCGUGGCUCGCACACACUUGGAAUGGAGACGGAGCUGGCAAAGGCUCCGAGGCAGCAGGAGUCAUCACCGAAUGGAGAAUAGGGAAAUCGCCCGUCUGCUACACAGAUCUAGUCCCCCGCGCCAAGGCUGGAUCGCAGGGCAUAGCGCUCUCACAGAAGCAGGAGGGGAGGUUCGGAUAUGCAUAGCCCUCCCCAAAUGUCAAUUUGUCAGCAUCGACUGGGCGUUGGCUGUGCUUAAAUCAACAAGACAAAAAAUUCACCGCAGAAGGGGCGGCCGCGAUCGACACCACCGCGCAUCCUGCGCUGCCUUAAUCUGCCAGUGCACGCGGUUCCUCAGUGCGUCGCCGGCGGGAUUUGCUAGGAACGCAAGGGGCCGUAUCCAAGAACAAAAUAAUGCGCCGGGUGAUAGUAGAAUCAAGUUUCCUGGGUGUUGUUUUGUUUGCUUCUGGGCGUCCCUGGCAAGGUCGCUUGGCAAGGCCCAGCUGUGCGGAUCUCCUUUUUGCAAACGGGCAAAUAUACAAAACCAAAACAAAUGUCUGCA